AUGUCUGACUUUGAGUCUGAUUUCGGUGCUGACCAGGUCGGGGAGGAAAAUGGCGAUGAUGACCUUGGACCAGAUGCUGGAUUCGUCCCUGGACAAGGACCUUUGGCUAGUGCCCUGGCAGGGAAGAAAAAGGGAGUCCGUAAAGGAGCAAAAAAAGCACCGCGAAAAGCUCCUACCAAAGCACCCCGCCGCCCCAAGCCUGCUCGUGGAAAGAAGCCAGUAAAGGGCAAGAAGAAGAAAACUGAAAACCUGCGAACGCCAAUCUAUAAGGCCCACCCUACCAAGGAUAAAAAUCCCAAUGCACAACUCCGCCGUGUAAGGCCUGGAACUCUUGCACUUCGUGAAAUUCGCUACUACCAGAAAUCCGAACUAAUGCUUCUCCCCAAAGCACCAUUUGUUCGUCUAGUCCGUGAAAUCACACGCGGUGAUCUGCAACAUCAUUUCAUAAGAUUCCAAGCUAGUGCUCUAGAAGCUAUUCAAUCGGCAGCUGAAGCUUUUCUUACCAAGGAAUUCGAAAUGGCAAACCUCCUGGCGAUUCAUGGAAAGCGUGUAACAAUUAUGCAGAAAGAUAUGAAACUCCUGCGUCAGUUGCGGAUGCUUAUGACAGGAUCUGAGGUGCCAGAUCACAUGAUAACUCACAUGCCCCAUGGGCACCCGUUGCCCCAUAAGCCACCCCCAUGGGGCGCCCAUAGGCUGGGUCGUAAAACGAGAACAGCUACUUCUUCUGGCAAUUGCAAUCUUGUCCAAUCGGAUAGAACACAUACUGGGCAACAAUGCACUUUUGGAAACGGUGAUAUACUGGCCAAAGAUGAUGAUAAUCUUAGUGGGACCGAAAAGUUUACCAGCGUCAGUAAUGGAGUUGGCCAGGUUGGUGUGGAUGUUGCUUCUUCUAGCAGCGUUGCAGGCGCUACUGGUACUAUGAAUGGUUUAUGGAAGUUCCUUGUUGGUUGGGCUGGGUUCAAUCUUCUUGCGGUUGUGAUGUGA